GCCGGAGCGGCGGCGGCGAUAGGCUGCGGCCAUGAGGAGCGGCGCGGGGCUGCUGCUGGCGCUGGGCGCCGCGGGGGUGCUGCUCCUCCGCCUCCUCCUCCUGCUGCCGCGGCGGGCCCGCCGCGCCCUGCCCGCUGAAGGGAAGGCGGUGCUAAUAACAGGCUGUGACAAAGGUUUUGGACACGCCUUGGCAAAAUGCCUUCAUGCAAAGGGAUUUACUGUUUUUGCUGGAUGCUUGCUCAUGGAUGAGAAUGGAGAUGGAGCCAGGGAGCUGAGGAACAUGAAGUCUGACAGGAUGCAGGUGCUACAGAUGGAUGUGUGCAGUGACCAGGAGGUGGCUCGGGCUGUGGAUUUUGUGAAGAGGACCUUGAAGGAGCCAGACAAAGGUCUGUGGGGCCUAGUGAACAACGCUGGCAUCUCAACCUUCGGAGAAGUGGAAUUUGCAAGUUUAGACAACUACAAGAAGGUGGCAGAGGUCAACCUAUGGGGCACUGUGAGGGUGACAAAAGCUUUCCUGCCCCUCAUUCGCAGAGCUAAAGGCCGUGUGGUGAAUAUCACGAGCAUGUUGGGGCGCAUGGCGAGUCCCUCUCGCUCCUGCUACUGCGUUUCCAAGUUUGGGGUGGCGGCAUUCUCCGACUGCCUGAGGCAGGAGAUGUACCGCUGGGGCGUCCGCGUCAUCCUCAUCGAGCCCAGCAACUUCGUGGCAGCCACGGGCAUCCUGACGGCAGCCGGCGUCGACAGGCAGGCCGAGGCUCUGUGGAGCGGCGCCACCGACGCCGUGCGCGAGGACUACGGCAGCGAGUACUUCACUCGCCACGUGGCCCUGAUGAAGUCCUUCGUGAACAGUGGCCUGAAGGACAUGUCUCUGGUCUUGGAUGACAUCGCCGAAGCGCUCACGUCCCCGUGCCCGAAGAACCGCUACAACCCCAUGGAGACCUACUGGUGGGUGAGGCUGCAGGUCAUGACCCACCUGCCCACGGCCAUUGCCGACUGGCUUUACAUCCCCGGAGCCACCCUGUGAACAGGCAUCCUUCAGGCAUCCCUCCAGGGCUCCUACUCACACGCAGGCUGGGGCUCACCUCUGCACUCCUUGCUGCUGCGUCUCCCCUGGAGAUGCAUGUGCUUCCACUUUGAGUUGUGGCUUCAAGUUGUGUGUUGUGGAAUGCUAGAACAGCGUGGUUUUUUAGUUCUUUUUUAUUUCCUCAUUCUUUUUGUUUGUAUUUCUUGCUGUGCUGAUCAAAGUUGAAAGGUGUUUUCCUUUUAACUAUGGAGGAAGCAGAGGAAGGUAAAUAUAAUGUGAAAUAUGUGGCUAGUGUAAUUAGGUCAGCAGAUAAACUUGGCUUAUUAAUGGGCUGUUGCUUUCCCUUACAAGGACAAACUGUUAAUAGCAGAGCAAAGCUGUUGCUAUGAGAUGGCUUGAAGGGAGAAACUAAAAUGGGAAACAAAAGCAGAGUUUUCCAUUUGGUUGAAAAUGGGUCAGUCACAGCCUUCCAUUGUUUUCCUGAUACUGCCAAGAAGCUGUGCUGUGCUGUGACUGUCUGCUCUUUCCAGGGAAACAGCAACACUGCCUCUAAACUGCCUCAUUACUCGCUGCAAAGAAGGGUUCUUCCCUCCCAGCACCGUGGCCAGGAGAUGCCAGAGCCAACAACUGGGCACAUGAUUGGCAGUGAAAAGCCAUACUAAUAAUGAGGUCUGAGCCAUCUCUCAGCAGCCCCUCUCCACCUGCUGUUGCUGAGCUUUGUGGGACAGGGUUUAAGAUGUAGCAAACAAAUUUGGCUUCUCUCAUUACUACCUUAUGUGCCUAAACUAUGUGAGGGAUAUGCUAUUGGCUUUUCCUCUGGAUUUGAAAAAUGAUGGAUCACUGUGCAGCUAGUGUGGCCUGACUAUGAGCUCUGGAAGGAUGCUUUAAGGGACACAUUUCCUAUUUCUAAUAUUGCACAAUGAAAUCUCCAUGUCACACAAUCAUCUUCUCAAUCUACCUCUUGAUAACUGAUAUGAUAUAUCUUGCCCAGUAUCCUGAAGGUUCUCUUCUGUUGGCCAUGUGCAGGACUUUGAUAAUGUUUUCCAAGUGCAUGGCUGCCUGCCAUGCCCCAUUCCCUGUGUUCUAGUGGUGACCACUGGUGGAGCAGCCAGUGAGCUGCAGGUGCUGCUGGCCAGACUGGGACCUCAGCCUCUUACUCUUAGGGACCAGCUUUUCCUCCCACUGUUUUGCCUUGUGUGAGAUUGAGUGGCUGUGAAAAGAGCUUAUUGAUUGCUCUUUCUUCAUCUGUCUCCACUAGCUCUGGCUUGGACACUGUGCCUUAAACUUUUUGUAUGCCACUGUCUGCAAAUUCUUGGAGUCUGCAGGCAGCCAUGAAUGCUGUGAUGCCUUCAGGAGGAAAGCAGGUUUCCCUUGGAGAUGCUGUCAAGGCAGCUUGUCUUACAAGUAACAACUGCUAGAAAUACUGCUGUGCAGUUUGUGUCUUUUCCAGAUCAUCUGUACAUGGAGAUUUCCUGGGAUUUGAGACCCAGAAAGAUCCCACUGAACUGCAGCUUAAACAGUAAUCACUUCUGCCCCCUGCACUGUGAAAUGUGAUUAAUGUUAAGUAGCUCUGAUUUGCACAGAGAGAAAAAUAAACUAAGAUUUUUAAAGCAUA